UUGUGUCAUCAUCACUGUGGAGUGUCGACAACCGGUAACUGCGUUGCUCCGUCACGAGGUCUCAAAAAUGGUACUAAUGGACUUCUACAUCAACGACCCCAGCAAAACGUUUUGGGAUGACCCCAAGAUGUACGUAGACGAUCCGGGUUUGGACACGUUGCUGUCGCUGACUGCCGACGAGCUGUUGCCGUGCAAUGGCCAAGAUGUCGUGACCGUGGACAGUGACGAUAGCAGCAAAAGACAAAAUGUGACGGAAUCGCAAAAAUCAAAACAGCAGGACAAAUCGAACGAAGUUAAACAGGUGUUGGAAUGCACUUAUCCAAAUUGUGACAAGACGUACUUGAAACCAUCCCACCUCAAGGUGCACAUGCGGAGACAUUCGGGCGAGAAGCCGUACGGAUGCAUGUGGCCGGGCUGCUCUUGGCGUUUCUCCCGGUCCGACGAGCUGUCGCGGCACUGUCGGUCGCAUUCGGGCAUCAAGCCGUACGGUUGCGACGUGUGCGACAAGCGGUUUUCGCGGUCCGACCACCUGACCAAGCACGCGCGCGUCCACCACAAGCGGAUGGCAGCGGCGGCCGCUCGGUUGCAGUGGCCGCAGCAACAGUGCCAGCAGCGAAUCGGCGUGAAACCGACCGCACCCACUACGGUCGCGGCCUCCGCUCCGUCGGUCAUCAGACGUCAGUCGUGAAAUGACCGCCGUCUCGUGUAGUGGCGCCGCGCGUCGGCGUGCGCGCGGAACGAACGCUGCGGCAUUUCACCCAACGUCAUCGACGCCGAUUCCCUAAAAUAUACACAUAUGCGGGCAUAUGUGUGUGCCCCAAGCUCCUCUUGUCGACAACGGAUUUAUUAAAAUUCUAAUUUUUGGAAGUAAAAAUUAUAUUUUCAAAUGCUCAUAAUAUUGUAUGUAGAGAACGUUCCGUAAGGCGAUUCAAACUUAUGUUUGUAAAAUUAGAACUUUUUUUUCUUAAAUGCUAUACAAUUUUAAUCAUUCAUUAUAUGUAUAAACUGUUUUGCUUCACAC